CCACCGUAUGAUGUCGUGGCGUUUGCUGACGUACACAAACUUCCCACAAUUAGCUAACGUUACACGAUUGCCGAUAACUGUUCAUUUCCUUCUCAUUUAGUCUGAAUUAGUUCCUCCUGCACAUUGCAUUCACCAGCGGGCAGAGUUAGUUGAAGAUGAGGCGCACCGGGUUGGGUGAAGGAGGCUCUGGCAGUUAUGUAGCCAGCGGGUACAGUGUGUAUGAAGAGGAAAAUGAACACCUGCAGGAGGGACUGAGGGCUAAAGUCACCGCUUUGAAAAGUCUGUCUAUCGAGAUUGGGACGGAAGUGAAAUACCAAAAUAAAAUGCUGGACGAUAUGGACACAGACUUUGACUCAACAGGCGGCCUGCUUGGCGCCACCAUAGGCAGAGUGAAGCAGCUGUCCAGAGGCAGUCAGACCAAACUGUUGUGCUACAUGCUCCUCUUCUGCCUUUUCGUCUUCUUUGUCCUGUACUGGUUCAUCAAGCUGAGGUGAUAGGAGGACCCUGCUGGACUUUAACUCCACUUCCUCCCUAGUCUGUGCCAGGCUGAUGCAUCUCCAAACUUCACCAACAUAAUGAUGAUUAGGAAAGGCGGGGAUGUUUCUUAAAGUGUCUCAAUUUUACGGGUGACCACGUGUCUCUUACAAUAUUUCUUAGAAUGACCCCUAACUGACUGCUAUUUGAUGGAGUCCCAAAAAGUAAAACAGAUCUGAGAGGAUUGAUGAUAAUGUGAAGUAGGAGUCACGUAUAUGUAUAUAUCUGAAGUAGACACUGCCAGUAUAUGUAUAUACUUGAUAUCCACCCCAAUUUACAUGGAUUGAGAAGAUAAGAUACAACAUUAAACAUGUUAACAACUGUAGAAUAAUGUAUCGUAAAACUUUAAUGCAGUGUAUUGUAUGAUAAACAGUGAUGAAAUGGCAAAUCUGUCAAUACAGCUCAAGUUGUGUUAAAAGUAAUUAAGUUAUAGAAUGAUACCUGAAACUAAUGAUCUAGAGUAUUUGCUUUGAAGAAUGAAUGGAUACAUUACAGCAUUUGGCAUCCGUACAGAACAAUAUUAGCAGUGUUCUUCAUUAUUGUUUAAACUUUGUUGUAAAAAAUGUUUUUUUAUGUAAAUAAACAAAUUUUAUGCUCUAA